UCUCUCUCUCUCUCUGCCUUCGGCACAUCAGAGCAGGAAGCUCAGGAGGAGGAAGAGGAGAAACUCCCAUUACCCAAGCCCAUGGUGCCCCAGCUAGCCCCUCCCAAGAUUCCAGAGGGGGAUAGGGUGGACUUUGAUGACAUCCACAGGAAAAGGAUGGAGAAGGACCUCCUGGAGUUGCAGAGUCUGAUUGAUGUCCACUUUGACCAGAGGAAGAAGGAGGAGGAGGAGCUCAUUGGGCUGAAGGACAGAAUUGAGAAGCGUCGGUUUGAGAGGGCAGAGGUGCAGCGAGUUCGAGCGGAGAAGGAGCGGGACCGGCAGAACAGGAUUGCGGAAGAACGGCAGAGAAAGGAAGAUGAGGAGGCUAAAAAGAAGAACGAUGACGAGGCCAAGAAGAAGAAGGUUCUUUCCAACAUGGGGGCCAACUUUGGGGGCUUCCUGCAAAAGGUGGAGCAUCGUGGGAGGGGGAAGCGUCUAACGGGGAGAGAGAUCAAGAAGAAGACCUUGGCUGAGAGACGACCCACACUGGAGAUCGACAACCUGAGAGGACGCCCUGAAGUGAGUCCCGGCCGAUCACACAUGCCUCCCCAAGGCAAAUACACAUGGGCCAAAAUCUUCCUCACACCACCACAUCAGAGUUUUCUACAAUUCAUGUCCAAAGCCCACACACCUGGCUGCCAACUGUGUUGCUAUGGUUACCAGCUGACUCCAUAGUCAAGACUGUUGAGGGCUUCUUGAUUGAAAAUGAAAGACUAAAGCUACAUACAAGCUACCACCUUCUCUUGGUCUCCCAGGCAACUAGCUCAGGAGAUGUGGAACUGGAACUACACACUGGAGUCGGAUAAGUUUGACUUCAUUGAUCACAUGAAGAAACAGAAAUAUCAGUUGGGAAGACCUGGACACAUGUACCAAAGGCAGAAUCCAUAGAUGUUUAGGCUUGUGUGUGAGCGACCGUGUACGUCUGUUGUGUAGUAUUCGUGAAAUCACUGAUGCAAUGUGAUCUCUUCUAUAAUUUUUUUGUGUGCAGAUUAUCGUUCUCUUGAAUAGAAUCACGAUUGCCCAGAAAUUGUAAGUACAGUAACUCUAUUCUUGAUUUCUUUAUAUGAACU